CAUUAGAGAUCAUGUCAGGAUGGGAGGAUGAAGAUGAUGAUGGCUCUUCGGGUUUCUCUCAGCGUCGCUUUUUCAUCAUCAUCAUCGACAACAACAUCACUGAAGACUGAAAGAGGAUGAAGAAGGAAUGAAUGAACGCGUUGUCUGGCUCAGAAUCUUCCAUUAGUCCCGAUGGAGCCGGAUGUGGAGAGCACCGUGACGGUCCGACAGCACAAGCGGCCCAAGCGGGGCGAGCCCAAGCCGGAGCGGGACCGGGAGCGAGCCGAGGCCCAGCGCUACGUGCGCAAGGACGGCAAGUGCAACGUGCACCACGGGAACGUGCGCGAGACCUACCGCUACCUGACGGACAUCUUCACCACGCUAGUGGACCUCAAGUGGAGGUUCAACCUGUUCAUCUUCGUGCUGGUGUACACCGUGACCUGGCUGUUCUUCGGCUUCAUGUGGUGGCUAAUCGCCUACAUACGCGGAGACCUGGAGCACAUCGGGGACAACCAGUGGACGCCGUGCGUUAACAACCUCAACGGCUUCGUGUCGGCGUUCCUGUUCUCCAUCGAGACGGAGACCACCAUCGGCUACGGCUACCGUGUGAUCACCGAUCAGUGUCCCGAGGGGAUCUUGCUCCUGCUGGUGCAGUCGGUGCUCGGCUCCAUCGUCAACGCCUUCAUGGUGGGCUGCAUGUUCGUGAAGAUCUCGCAGCCGAAGAAGCGCGCCGAGACGCUAGUGUUCUCCACGCACGCCGUGAUCUCCAUCCGCGAUGGCCGGCUCUGCCUGAUGUUCCGCGUCGGAGACCUGCGAAACUCGCACAUCGUGGAGGCGUCCAUCCGAGCCAAGCUCAUCAAGUCCAAGCAGACCAAAGAGGGCGAGUUCAUCCCUCUCAACCAGACGGACAUGAACGUGGGCUACGACACGGGAGACGACCGGCUGUUCCUGGUCUCCCCGCUCAUCAUCUGCCACGAGAUCAACCAGCACAGCCCGUUCUGGGACAUCUCCAAACAGCACCUGGCCCACGAGGAGCUGGAGAUCGUGGUGAUCCUGGAGGGCAUGGUGGAGGCCACAGGAAUGACGUGUCAGGCGCGCAGCUCGUACGUGUCGAGUGAGAUAAAGUGGGGCUAUCGCUUCACGCCGGUCCUGACGCUGGAGGACGGCUUCUACGAGGUGGACUACAACAGUUUCCACGACAUCUACGAGACCAGCACUCCCAGCUGCAGCGCGCGCGAGCUAGCGGAGAUGACCGCGCGCUCCCGCCUGCCGCUCAGCUGGUCCGUCGCUAGCAAACUGAGCCAGCUCGACGAGCCCAGCGAGAGGAACGGGGACGUGGCCAACAUGGAGAACGAGUCGAAAGUGUAGGAGCACACGGGCAUCUCUCCUCGCCUCUGAGCGCAGGACGUUUGGCUGAGGUCAGGGGUCAGAGGUCAGCUCAGGAACGCGCCCCGAGGACACGGAUCUCGCUCGGGGCGACUGCAUGGUUCCCGAAACCUCUUUUUCUUAAAGAUAUAAGAAAUGAUAUUUUCAGAUUUGUAAUUCAAAGAUUAAAAACCUAUAUAUGUAUAUGAAUAUAUAUAGAUUCUAGGGCAUUUGUAUUUUUUGUAUAUAUCUGUUUUUGGUUUGAGAUGUGCGGUUGUUUGAUACGACAGACAUAUUUAUCCACGCAUGUUUGAAACGAUCCCUGACUCUGAUGUACAGAAUAUAUGAACAUGAGGAACUGUAGGCUAUAAUAGCGGAGAUCUCACACGCGCGUUUGUGUGUGUGUGUGAGAGAGAGAGAGAGAGUGUGUGUGCGCGCGCGCGUGUGCUCCAAUAACCUUCCGUCAUCAGGCCAUGAUCUCUCUCUCUCUUUGCUCUUCCUCUAACUCAUCAUCAUCACUGGACUGCGCUAUCGGAGCCGAUGCUGCAGACUCUCAGCGUGUUCGCGGAUCAGAAGCGGCGACACACACCAGCGCUCACUCACACACACGUGACUCGACACCAAAGAGCCGGACCGCUCCGUGCGACUGCUUUCGGCACACACUUCAGACGCAAACCCGCGAGUCGGAGACCGGCGAUCCACAGAGCCGACGCCAGAGAGAUCUUACUGUGUUUUUCAUCUGCUUACACACACUUUACACACAAAUCCAAGAAUUGCGCACAAAACGCCGCACAUCUCCUGCUAAAUGAAGCACUGCAUUCAGAAUAUCACACACACCUCAAAAGCGUUGUAAACACCUCUGCCAUAAUAUAAUAUUUCGAGUGAAAGUCAUCGGCCGAGAUGUUGAAGCGUUCACGGUAAACACGAAAGCAACAUUGAACCCAAAACGAUCUAUUUUGACUGUAAGCGUUUGUGGCUGUGAAUACAAUAUUACAGUCCGAAGCACCCAGAUCUCGACCUUUGACCUUUAUAGGCCUGUUCUAAAGCCAUGAUCGGUGUGUGUUCAGUAAAGAGUGUGUGCACAUGUGAGGAGUGUGUGUGAGGCUCUGAUGAACUACUGCGGUGUUUUGAUAGAUUGUGUUUGAGAAAAUCAAGAGACUUCCUGUUAGAUUUGAGAGAAUUGUGUGUUUUAUGAGAUUGAAAACUGAGUUGAAGGCUGAGAAUGAGUGUGUGGUUUUGCAGAUCUAGUGUGUGUUUCUGCUGUUUGACUGUCAGGUUUCAGAACUUGUGAAACCUGAAAAAAGUGAGGAUUUUGUGUGUAAGCAGUUGAAACAAAACGGUAAGAUCUGGAUAUACCUGUCGGGUCAAGAAAUGACACCAGCGUGCGGGAAAACAACGACAGUGACAGUCCAAACACACUGUCAAUCAGACACACUGUCAAUCAGACACACUGUCAAUCAGACACACUGUCAAUCAGACACACUGUCAAUCAACACACUGUCAAUCAGACACUGUCAAUCAGACACACUGUCAAUCAGACACACUGUCAAUCA